AUGGCGAUGAUGAAGAUUCCAAACGAAUACGCAAAGAUUGAGAAAGACGAUCCUAAUGAGAUGAUCCACAGGAGUGCUCAGUUUCUGAUCCAAAAGAUUUUCCAACGAGCCGACACAGAUACAUUAAGACAUCAACGGAAGAGAACUCUUUUGAUGAAAACGUCUUCGUUUAGAGUGGUAGGAAUAAGAAUGAAGAUUGGAAAGAAGCUGAGGAAGCUAAGGAAGAGUUGUGUAAGGGCAAACAACCAUGGUGAUCUUAUGCCACGGUUCCUUAAAUCUCUUUGA